AUGGGCAGAAGUCCUUGCUGUUCUAAGGUGGGAAUGAAUAGAGGAGCUUGGUCUGCUGAAGAAGACAAAAUUCUCACUGAUUACAUCGCAACCAAUGGUGAAGGAAAAUGGAGAAAUCUUCCAAAGGAAGCAGGUCUAAAAAGAUGUGGAAAGAGUUGCAGGCUUCGGUGGAUAAAUUAUCUCAAGCCUGACAUCAAGAGAGGAAAUAUUACAUCUGCUGAAGAGGACCUCAUUAUUAGGCUCCACAAGCUCUUAGGCAAUAGAUGGGCUCUCAUAGCCAAGAGGCUGCCUGGGAGAACAGACAAUGAAAUCAAGAACUACUGGAACACUGUCCUUAAAAAGAAGCUGAUCAAUAAAGGUAAGGAAGCAAGCGACGAUAACAAGAAAAUCAAACCUUCAGUUAAGAGUGUGCCAGAGGUGGUCAAGACCAAGGCAUUUAGGUUCACGAAGGUCUUUGUUGCACCACAACAUGACAAGCAUGAAGCUUUUGAUGAUAAUAAUAAUAAUGUCCUUCAAGAACCUAUCUACUCUGAGAACGAUAACCUUGAAAUGGAAUUGAAAUCCAUUAAUUGUCAACAACCACUUCCGUUGGUUUCUUUUGAUGAAGAAGAAAAGUCAUCAAAUUUUGCACUAAACUUUAGCACGGAAGAGCUUUUGAUGUUUGAUAAUUUCGAAACGGAUAUUUGGAAUUUAUGCAUGUUUGAUAAUAAUAUGGAAGGAGAGGCUAACAAUGGUGGUGCCAAUGAUCUUUGCUCACUUUUGGAUGAGCCUCUUCCAUUCUAUGAAGAGAAUUCUGAGCAGAUGCAUUGGAUCUAG